CUCGGACGUGUUGUGUUGUCCUCGGUCGACUUGUACGUCGCGCCAUACUGCUUACUCGAAGUAGGUAGGGUUUCGCCGGGAUUUUAUUUUUCCACAAAAGCCGGUUCUUAUGUAUCGUUUGCGGUUUUAAGUGCAGUAAAAGUCUUUCUCAUGCUGCCAGUCAUCGUUCAGCGCCAGUGAAAAGAGAAGGUGAGAGAACUCGCAUUCGCCGACACAUGAUCGAUCGUGAGUGUGAAGAAAAGCCCAUCUACUAGCCGAGACAAGUGGCUAGCCCUGUAGUGUUAGUAGUCGCCACCCAACCACCGACCAGAGUGGAGCCUUUCACGAAGCCACUCCUCCUCCACCCAUCAGAAGGCCGAUGAAAUUGCGGGAACGGAUAAAGUACAAGACAAAAUCGGUGCUGAAAACAUUGAACGCGUGCGCCAAUCGGUGUAAAAUGGAUCCAACCACCGACGAUCAGGGCAAGUUCCAGGGUUUCGCGGGAAAGCGAAAGUCGCAGUCGUUGCUGAAGACGAUCGUUAACGUGGGCCAUAAAUUUCUGGUUCUGCUGAUGCGAUGGUUGUUCAAAACGAUCUACGGAGAACGUGGCCAAAAGAUGCCGCCCAUACGGAAUCUGAUCCUGAUGGAGUCGGCGUCGUCGCUGGCGUUGAAGAUCCGAACCAGAAAGCUCACCAGCGUGGAAGUAAUGGAAGCAUUCAUCGACCGCUGCAAGGAGAUCAACCCGCUGCUAAACAUCGUCGUGGACGAACGUUUCGAGGCAGCACUGAAGGAGGCGGAAAAAGCCGAUCACUUGAUCGCUUCCGGUACCCUCACCGUGGAGCAGCUGGCCACGGAAAAACCAUUCCUGGGUGUUCCCAUUUCCACCAAAGAUUGCAUUAAAGUUAAAGAUCUCCUCCACACUGCGGGAAUUUGGAAGCGAAGGAUGAUUCGCGGCGAUAAAGAUGCGCGCGCAAUGGAGCUCAUGAGGAAAGCCGGAGCGAUACCGUUCGCGCUGACAAACGUCUCGGAAUGCUGCAUGUGGUGGGAAAGUGUCAACACGAUCCAUGGCCGAUCUCGGAAUCCGUACGACACCAACCGCAUCGUGGGUGGUUCUAGCGGUGGUGAAGGAGCUAUUCAGGCUGCAGCUGGUUCUCCCUUCGGCCUUGGUUCGGACAUUGGCGGUUCCAUUCGAAUGCCGGCGUUUUUCAAUGGUAUCUUUGGGCACAAACCAUCGAGACACGUGGUUUCGAACGAUGGACAGUACCCGCGACCGAUCAGUGCAGAGCAGGAAAUGUUUUUGGCUAUCGGUCCAAUGUGCCGCUACGCUACGGAUCUGAAACCGAUGCUGCGGAUCAUCGCCGACGAGAACGCUAAGAAACUUCGCCUGGAUGAACCGGUUGACCUGAAGCAGGUUAAGUUCGUUUACCAACUGAACGACGGUGGCGGUAGCUUGGUGUCGCCCGUAGACCACGAUAUCCGGGAUGCGAUGGAAAAAGUGAUGGCACAUUUCCGUUCCACCGUUAAGGCAGAUGUUCGCAAAGUGUGUCUCGAGAAGUUGCGUAAAUCCGCUCCGAUAUGGUUCGCCAACAUGAAACAUAAGGAGGAGGUUUCUUUCGAUGCACAGCUGGACAAUUUAGAGGGAAAAAUCAAUCCGUACGUGGAGCUGCUCAAGUGGUUCGUCGGACAGUCGAAUCAUACCUUCGUAGGGAUCAUGACUGCCAUUACAGAGCACCGCGGAGUUCAGUAUGGCUCCUCCCAGUACCACUAUAUGGUAAAACAAAGGGACGAACUGCUGGAAGAGUUCAAGGCGAUGCUGGGUGAAAAUGGGGUAUUUAUUUACCCAACACAUCCAACUGUCGCUCCGUACCACAAUGAAGCGCUGGUCAGAGCACUAAAUUUUAGCUACACCGGGGUGAUAAACGUUUUGGGUCUACCGUCGACUGCAGUGCCGUUGGGAUUAGGUCGGGAAGGACUUCCGAUUGGGUUGCAGGUGAUUGGAAACGUGAAUCAGGAUCGCUUGUGUUUGGCCGUGGCCUGUGAGCUGGAGCGUGUCUUCGGUGGAUGGGUUGCACCGGAUGUGUUGGCUUAAUCGACGGGAGUAGCGGCACCGGGUUUGGAGUUGGGGGACCAGUGAUAACAGAAGACAUCACAGUUAGGAAUGAUGGAGCUGAAAAUUGUUACUAAUAAGUAUGGAUGCUAGUGACAGCAGAAAUUAACUAUAUUUAUUUUUUUAAGAGUAUACCGACACAUUUUAAUAAAAGUACACAAGGUGUUAGAAAA